AUGGGAAGCUCGCUCUCGAUCCAGAGUAGAGACAAGCGCCGCCGUUCCAACCGGCUGUCCAAGCCCCCUUCCAAUCUAGUCACUUUGUCAUCUUCGAGCCAUGGCGCCGCUUCCCAGCCCAUCUCUCCCUCCAGCGCUCCUGCAUCGUCGACCCCCGUGGACUGGCAGAAUCCGUGGACUGGAGCAUCCGUCUCCGUCGCCUCUCCUGGAACCCAGUCUAGCGGCCAAAGGUCCCAAUCCUUUCCGUCCGCAUCGAUCCAUUCGGAACCGCCCCGGGUGACUACCAGUCAUAUCGGCCGGAGUCAGUCAAUUGUCAAAGAAAAGGUCGACCGGUCGCCUACCUCAAGCUCCAGUACGUCCGGGUCUUUGUCCCAAAGAGCCUCCUUUCAGCCCGCCAAACAGACGACGUUUCAGCCAACGACGCUGUGGAGUGAGCCCCCAUCGCCAUUGGGUCGACCGGGGCCCCCGAAAAGAUCCUACUCGGUCCAGUCGCCGCCUCGCAGAACCCGUGCCACCAUAUAUGGGAGUAUGUUGGAAGAUGCGGCAUCUUCCAACACCCAUUUUAUGGUCGAUAGCCAGGGUUUUUCACUGAUCCGGCGACGUUCCUUGCUUACACGGCCCGGUAUCGCUACACGGCGGUCGUCGAGAAAAGUCGUCCAAUGUCUUCCUUCUCCAAUCGACCACGAGGCUGGGUUUGCACCCGCGGAGCCUCUGGAUCAAUGCCAUAGGCACUAUGGGCCAUUGCCGGAACAUGACAGCCCGCUCUCGCUCCCCCCAUUCCGCCCGCCGACUCCAGGUGAUUUUGAAUACACUCAUCUAGGAGCCCUUAAAUUGGGCUCCCUGCGUGUGGUCAACUGCUCUACAUCACCAUGCCCUAGCGAUCGAUCGCGCCUCACACAAGCACGCAGUCCGUCCCCAGUCCUUGGGGAACGGCGCCCGUAUACGGCAGAGGAAUGGCCCUUCCGGGGGGAAUUUCAAAGCUUGGGAUCGCCAGAUGGCUUUGAACUAAUCCACAAAGGCUCCCCUGAUCUGGAUGUGAUGACGCUGGCUACGAGCGACAAGUCAAAGUCCCUCCCUGGCACCUCGUUGGACCACGGCGGCAGGUCAGUUCCCGCAUCAACCCUGGAAAAUGGUGGCGACUGUCCCUCAGCCUCUGGCUUAAUUGUGGAGUCGUCCGCCACCAUUCUCCCUCAGAGGCACCCCUCCAAGAGCACGGAUGAAGGGAUCUCUGUCUCCGACGAAGACCGGGGAUCCACGGCGCAAGCUGGGGGCUCGACCAAAGGAGAAUCAAAGUAUUUGCCAUCGCGUACACAUAGGAAAGUCGACAGUGGGUACAGUUCGGCAGCCUCGGUUCGCUCCUUGCAGGAUGCUCGUAUUAGAGUGUCAAUAGACUCGCAGGCUUCUGCACAGUUCCCUAGGUCGCGCAGAUUCACCCUGGGUAGUGAUUCUGGAAAACUGGAUCUAUCGAGGAUGAAAACAUCUGCCGACCUCGGCAAUCAACUUCCUCUAAACCGGCAUCUGAGCCUUUAUGGCUCCAGAACGCAUACAUCCGGUCCGAGUGCUUGGUCGACGAGCUUGUCUUCGAUGUGUCUCGAGACUUUCCAGAUCCCGGCAGAUCGACGCCCGCGGAGCUCGUCAUCCUGCAUCCCCCAAGGCAUCAGUCGUGCGCAGUCUCUUUCUCGGUACUGCGCUCAGCUUCGUAACAUUGAAGCUGCGCCUCUUGUGCCUCCCUCUAGGGUUCUGUAUAUGGAAGCUCUUCCUCAAGGCGCCUUUCAAGCCCCGAAUGCAAACGGAGGCCUCCUGGAUCUCGGCCAGGAUCCGGGUAGGUACGUGGAGACAGGCGAAGUGUCCUCCGAAACGACUGGUCACGACAAAACUCACGCAGCUGCCGGACUUCGACGGCCCAAAUCCUUCUCCAGACCGCGGUGCACAGGUACGGUGGCCAGCGAGGGGGUCGAUGUGACCAUUCUCCCUGCUCCCGAACUACCCCGAGGCCGAGCAAGGAGCCGCAACGACGAAUACCAACGACGCCGGCUGUCAAAGCCGCAGAAGAGCACAAACCUCUAUGCGGCGACGUCGCCUUUCAUCUUCCAUUGA